AUAUUCCAUAAUGAAUCGUCUUUUUGGUACUUCUAAAUAAGAACCUCCAAAAUAAUAACCUCCCCCACCUUAAAAUCCUUAAUAACCUAAGGUAAUAGACUUGACAGAACAAUAAAAAAGAGUAAAAUUGAUUUAUUAAAGAAGUCUGAAGCAAAAGUUAAAGAAUUGACUGAAUAAAUCUAAGAAUUAGAUAAAUAGAUUGCUGAGUAAUAUCACAAAGCUAAAAACUCAAAAGGAGUUCAAUAAACUACAGCUAAAUCAAGAGCAGUAAUGCUUCUUAAGAGAAAGAAGAUGUAAAUACUUAACUUAAGAUUAGGUUGGAAUAAUAAUUAGGAUAAAUGCUCAAUAAUUAAAUGACCUUAGAUUAAGUAGCUUUUACUAAAGAAAACAUUUAAAAUACUCUUGAAAUGGUAUCUAAUUGAUUUUUUUAUCAAAGGCUCAAGCAAUGUAAUAAGUUGUUGCUGUUCAAAAAGAAGCAUUUAAAGAAAUCGAUAUGGACAAACUUGAUGGUAUUGUUUUUACUUAGUAUCACUAGAUCUCAUGGAUGAUAUGGAAGAUAUGAAAUUUGAAACAGAUUACAUGAAUGAAAUGAUGAAUAGAAAUUAUGGAUGUGAUAUAGAUGAAAGUGAAUUAGAUAGGGAAAUGGCAGAAAUUGAAAAUGAUAUGAAUUUCAAUGCUUUCUAGCCUUAACAACAAUAAUAACAAGUUUCUUAUUAGGUAUUUCUUUCAUUUUUACUCCAUAGAGUCUUACGGGUUAAAAGUAAGUUUAUAACCCUUAAACCAAUUGA